CAAACCUCGACUGCGUUCACUCUUGCCUGCACUCCCCACACCAACGGAUCGCACUGCCACCGAGCGCCCGAGGCGCUAUUCUGGCUCUUCGUCUGCGCAGUAAGGGAGCGCAGCCAUGAGCAUCAGCCGGCGAUGACGGAGACAGCCUCUCGGGAGCCUCGUCUCCCGCAAGCGCAGCCCCCAACGCUGCAAACACCGAACUCGUCUGCACCAGGAAGCACCGGCAGCAACUUGCCAAAACCACCCCGUGGGCAGGGAUCGACGCGCCCGGCUGAGGCACAAAGGCCUCUUCCUGACACCACCUCAGAUAAGGCCACCGCAGCCUUCAUUCGACGGACUCUCUGCUCCCACAAUGUACUCCUCGGGAACGGCGAGAAGGGACGGAACACGCCACGACCAAUCGAAGAAGUCCUCCCGCCGCUGACCAGCUCCAAUGGGGUCGACCUCCAGUUGUACGCCAUCAUUGCCGUCAUCAUCAAGGAAUUUGUGCAGACCUGGUACGCAAAAAUCACGCCAGACCAUGUCUUCGUGAGCGAGGUCAUUCAAAUCAUCGCCCAUUGCACAAGAGCUUUGGAGCAGCGACUUCGGAAGGUCGAUCUUGAGGCCCUCCUGCUAGACGAGAUCCCUGAGCUUAUUGAAGCCCACCUCAGCGCGUACCGUCUCGCCAAACAGCAAGCCGCCUCUCACCGUUCACUGGUUUCAGACCCUCGUAUUAUCUAUCACACCCUCCAUCCCCACCCUGCAUUGACUCCAGUCCCAACCGAAUCCGUGCCGUCUUCCAUCGUUGAGCAGCGGGAAUGUGAGUCUGCGUGGCGCCAAUUGCUGGUCCAGGGAGUAUUGGCUGUGUUGCUGCCCACCGAGGAUUUGGAAAACGGGUGUCUGCGAGCCCUAGUGGCAGAGAUCUUCGCCGAGAUGAUCCUUGGGAGCGGCAUUAGCAGCAAGGCAUGUGAGGGUUGGCUGCUGUGGGAAGGUAUCACGAGAAUAGCUGAAGUCCUACAGAAUGAUGGCGUUAAAGAGGAGGACUCCCAAUCAGACUACGCAAGCCUGGGGCAACCGUUGAGCCGUCUCGAGCGGUAUGGGCUGCUUUCCCCGCCCGCGGCCGAGCAGAAUGGGCCUCCCGAGCCGCUGUUGACCAGCGGACGACGUCAUGAGGAUGCGCCCAUGACCAUCUCGGGUCUCUUCUGGGCAGCCGUUCAAUAUGCGUUCCUGGCGGGUAUGGCGAUGCGCGCGGUGAUCGCUGCUAUUGCGACAUCCUCGUCUCUGCCACUGAGACCUGCCACAUCUGCUAGCGAACUGUCACCCGUCGGGGCGACGCGCCAAUCGCAACAGCUACGGGUGGGUUCUCCAGCGCUGGGCGGCCCGCUGGCCUCGAAGCGGCCCAUAGUGAGCAUGAGGAUGUGGAGCUGCGCAUCGCGACUUGUGGAGCUGGACACACGCAUGCCGUGGCUUUCAGGCGUCAUAUCACUGUUGCGGUGGGGAACUCUGGCCGGUCCUGGAAGGGUGGGUGACACUGAUGGCGUAUUGGACAGGUUCCUAUCUCACACGGUGCAAAUGCGAGUCCUGAACCCCGCCUUCCUUCCCAUCCUGCUCCGCACCCUUCGUGCGACACUCUUUCCUAAUAACACACUAGCUCCCCCACGGCAGCCACCCACCGAGGAAGAAGCGAAAGAAAUCAAGCGACGCUGCGCCGCCACGUUAUUGGGCUUGCUACCAGCGAGAGUGGCUGCAGCGUUCUUCGCGAGCACAAGCCGAGCGGAGCAACUUCGGCAAGCCGAGGAGCUACUCGACUGCCUUGACGACGCUUAUCUCAACAAACAUCUCAUCUUCCAGAUUGUGGAGUUGAUUGUGCUUCGAUUGGUCCCGGAGUUAGGGGAAAGAGGGGUACAGGAAUUGCUGGACGAGAGGCUGGGGUAGCCCUUGAUGUGUCAUGUGUGCUUUCCAGGGAGGUGGUUCAGGCGUCCGCAUACUGCCCAUGUGCUGUGGAAUGUUGCUAUACCUACGUGCGAAAACCUUUUUUUUUUUUUUUUGGCCCGCUAGAUGGGCGGAAUUGGCGUUCUGGAGUCGCACAAUAUGGACCGUUAUGGCAGAGCAUGCUCGUUAGCUGCAGUGGGGUCAGAGCUUCCGCAUGGCUCAGCGUCCAAGCUCCUCACCGCCAAAGAUAUCCAUCGAGACCCAUCUGUUCGCCAAGUAGUUCAAAGAGCAAUGAUUGCGAUUUGAUGUGGAUUGCAUUCCAGCUCAUCAGGCAUGGGCUCAAACUCCGCCUUCCCCUAUCGCUCGCAGAUCGUUGAG